AUGAACCACCAAAUGUAACUUAAAAACGACGCAAGAGGGCGCUUUAUCACAACAAACUGAUGGCGAACAUGGCCUGUGAAAGUAAAAAGUCUGCUCUUUUUGUUUGCCUUGGCAAUAUUUGUCGGUCAGUUAUGGCAGAGCAGAUUCUUCGUGAAUUGGUAGAGGAGAAGGGAACCUCAGACCAGUGGAAGAUAGACAGUGCUGCUACAGCAACAUAUAAUAUCGGUAACACACCUUAUGAUCUGACAAAUGAAACACUGACAAAGCAUAACAGCAAACCGAGCAGUCAUAAAGCUAGACAGAUAUCUACACAGGACUUCUACGAUUUUCAUUACAUCUUUGGCUUUGAUGAUGAUAAUAUGAGGCAACUGAAAAAACGCAAGCCAAAAGAGAGUACAUGCGAGUUAAUAUUAUUAGGUGAUUUGGACACGGACAAGAGUACAAAUACUAUAAUUGACCCUUAUCCAGGCCCUAUAGAAGCUUUUGAAACUGCAUAUGAGCAAUGUUAUCGAUGCUGCAAGGUUUUCCUAUCUCAAGCUCAGUAGAUAUGCUGCACCUACUAAUUUCUGUUGUCCACAAAGUCUUCACAAUGCUGUGUCAUAAAAAAGUAUGUCGUGUUAUGCAGCUAAUCUGGAAUGAUGUGCGAAUGAUUUAAAAUAAAUAAAUGCCAAUGAGAAUCUUUGAAAUGGCCGCAGCUCAAUUGUAGAAUUACAUGUAUUAAAAUAAAAACAUUCACAAACAAUAAUAGAAUUGUGUAUAUCUUUAAUUACUGCAUUUAUUUCUCAACACAACAAAUUAAAAAAAACAUAAGCCACAAAGUAAGCGGCAUUUAAGUACAAUCCAUGGUACAUAUAACAUAAACGAUACACACAAUUGAUUACAACAGAUCAUUAAGAAAUAUUAUGUUCCUGAGUAUUGAAGUACAAUAACAUUAAUUUAGGUAAAACCAACAGACCUUUUGUAAUGAGUUGUAGUGAAUAGAGAUUGCAAAGCCUACAAACAGAAAAAAUGUUUUUUUUUAUAAUACCUGA